AUGUUAGAAAACAGGUGCAAAUACAACAAAAUGAAGAUUCGAACUGUGAUAUACUUUUGUUUGAUAUUCACUUCAUUAUGGAUUGUUUCCCGUGUGUUUACAGAUAAUCCUAGUCCAAGUCCAGUGUACGUCGAUAAUGAUCGUCAUAUUGAAAUAAAGCGAGAUAUUGAGAGUGCAUCAUGUGAUAUUUCGAUGGAUUCAUACAAAAAAUGUUAUAAGUAUACUACUGACUUACUACCUUACGAGAGCGUCUCAAUUGGAAUUGAAACUGUUCUUUUUCUCAAGAAACAACUAAGUACUGUUAAUGAAACAUUAGUGAAUGCUUCACUUUAUUGGAAUCCAGAUGAUCGUUUUAAACCCUUUAAGAAUUUUAUCGCAAGCACAAAUAAAUGUGAAGUACUAUAUUGUGGAGCCAAUGACGCUGGUACCGAUGGUUUAGAAUUUAUUAAUCGAUACGAAAAUUGUCAAGUUUGGUUUUUAGAGCCAGUAGCACAAUUCUACGAUAAAUUAAUUCAUUCGCAGGCCAUACUUGAAAAAUUACAAACAGGCAAACAUCAUUUCUAUCAGAUUGGUGUAUCGAAUAAAAAUGAUCUUAUUGAUGUAACAUUACAAGAUAUUAAAGAAGCACAAGCUGUGACUUUAAUUGGAAAACAACAAAGUAAAGAAAAUCCAAUGAAUGAAAUGAAAUACAAGUUAAUUCUGAGAGAUGCUGCAGAAAUACUAUUCGAAUUUCAUAUACUAUCAAAGACGAUAAAUCAAACUGUUAUUGGAGAAUUAAAUUUAAUACAUUUAAAUUGUGAAGGUUGCGAAUAUGAUGUCAUAGAACGAUUAAUCAAAACAAAUUUAAUUCAAUAUAUUCGAAUUGUGCAAUUUGGUUCACAUCGACCUUCAGCUAUUCGAUCAUUUGUUAAUCAAAGAUAUUGCUGUUUACAACAAAUGUUGUCAGCGACACAUCAAUUAGAAUUCGGUAUACCAUGGGCAUGGGAACGAUGGUUAAGAAAAGAUCUUCUAGAGAAAAAUAACUAA